GCAAGUGAAAUGAUAUAUCUUGCCGGAGCAGUUAUUCUGAUAAUGGCUCACCCCACCCUUCAGGUUCUGAUAAGGGAUUCUUCUGAUGAAACAAGGUGGCAGGAAUAUCAGUCUCAGAUCUUUACAUCAAAUAUAAAACGGCACUCUGAAGGAACCUUCUCCAGUGACUUAACCAGAUACCUGGACAAAAUGAAAGCCAAGGAUUUUGUGCAGUGGCUGAUGAACAAGCGAUUCAGCUCCAGUAAAAGAUCUGUUAGUGAUGAUCUAAAGGAAACAAGGUUUGUGCCAGAUAUAUCUUUGUUUAGGUUCAUACAGCUGGAGAAGAGAAGACCUCAGGGUUAGAGUUGAAUCUAUAGAACAACAGAGAUGAUCUCAGAAGAGAAAUGAAGAAGUAGCAAUCACAGGCUUCACGUGUUCAAAAACACCUACAGUUUACUAAUGCCUCCAGAACAUUGCAGAUACCUGAUUAUUACGUGUGUUUUCUACUUCCCUGUGGUGCUUUGGAUGCGUAACAUCGCCAGAGAUUUUGAGCAUUGAUGGUCUAACCUAUUGUGACAUAUAAAUUGAGAUUUCAGGUAAUAACUGUCUUUCACAUAGACAAUAUAUAAACCAAUAUUAAAG